AUAGAAAGGCUUAGCUGUCGUUUCAUAUUUCUCAUCCACAAACGACGAUCGGCGAAGGGCUCACACCUCCGCAGUAGCAGUUUCCCUUUUCCCUCGAUCUUCUCCGAUUCGAUUCCGAAGCCUCUGUGAAAAUGAACGACGCAGAUGUCUCCAAGCAAAUCCAGCAGAUGGUCAGGUUUAUCCGCCAGGAAGCCGAGGAGAAAGCAAACGAGAUCUCUGUCUCCGCCGAAGAAGAAUUCAACAUCGAGAAGUUGCAGUUGGUUGAAGCCGACAAAAAGAAGAUCCGCCAAGAGUACGAGCGCAAAGAGAAGCAAGUUGAAAUUCGCAAGAAGAUCGAGUACUCUAUGCAGUUGAAUGCUUCUCGGAUUAAAGUUCUUCAAGCUCAAGAUGACGUGAUUAAUAACAUGAAAGAAGCAGCAUCCAAGGAACUUUUGAAUGUGAGCCGUGAUCAUCAUGUGUACAAAAACCUUUUACAAGAUCUCAUUGUUCAGAGUUUGCUGAGGUUGAAGGAGUCUUCUGUCUUGUUACGGUGUCGGAAAGAUGAUGUGCAUUUGGUAGAGCAAGUGUUGGAUUCAGCUACUCGAGAGUAUGCGGAGAAGGCUGGUGGUGAUCCACCAGAGAUCAUUAUUGACAACAUCUAUCUUCCACCUGCCCCCAGCCACCAUAAUUCCCAUGAUCCCUAUUGCUCUGGAGGGGUGGUGUUGGCUUCUCGAGAUGGAAAGAUUGUGUGUGAAAACACCCUUGAUGCACGUUUGGAUGUGGUGUUUCGUAAAAAGCUACCAGAGAUCCGCAAACAGCUCUUUGGACAAGUUGCUGUUUAAAGACAUUGGUUGUGUAUUGUUUCGUUGCCCUUAGAAUUUUUAUAUUUUACUGCUGAGUUUGUAUGUGAUCGGAAGAUGUAUCGUGCCAUCGCUCCUGUAAUCUUAGUAUGUAUGUUAUUUGGUAACUUCAUUUUUUGGGUGUUAGUCACUUUUUUCAUGUCGUAUUUGAUGGGGGGCUUGCGAUGGUCUUAAAGUUUUAGUGAUAAAUAUUUUCAACUUAACAAUAAGUGUUCGCAAUAACUCAGUGUUGGUUUCAGCUUCUUUGGUAAUUAAGUAGCAAUAUAUUGAACAUUGCUGUCAGCGUUGUGAUAGUAGUACAACUGUUCUCAAUAUGGGGUUCCUGGUGCAAAUAAAUAAAGUACAUGAAGAAUUGGUAACG